AUGAAAUUAAUAUUAACAAUAAAAUUAACUUUGUGGUUUUUAAUUCCUGUCGGUGAUUUUCACGAGAAAAAUUACGAAAAAUUAUUCGACGGAUUUAACGAUAACGGAAAUGAUAACGAUAAAUAUUUAAAAGAAUAUUUAUACCGGAAACACCGUCACAAACACGGUGAAUUAUUCAUAAGGGAUUAUUCUAUUAAUCCCGUGAAUUAUAAUAAUAAUAAUAAUAGAAAUGCCGAGAAAUUUUUUUAUAAGACAAACGUUAGAAAUUUAAUAGCAGACGAUAAUUGGCCGGUAAAAAGUAAUCAAGGUUUUCAUUGGCCGGUUAAAAAAGAAGCGGAAGUCGAUGGUGAUUUGAUAUUGGGAGGACUCAUGAUGGUACACGAAAGAGAAGAUUCCGUCACUUGCGGACCCAUAAUGCCUCAGGGUGGCAUUCAAGCACUCGAAACUAUGCUUUACACUCUUGACGUCAUCAAUAACGGAACUUUGCUACCGGAUAUCCGUUUGGGUGCUCACAUAUUGGACGAUUGCGAUAAAGAUUCAUACGGUUUGGAAAUGGCCGUGGAUUUCAUAAAAGGUAUCGAUGAUUGA